CUGUUUACAAACAUUAAUUUGCCGUGGUUUUUUUGUUGGAGUUCACGAUCUGUGCCUGCUGGUAGGUAGCAAAUCGUUUUGAUAAUAGCAGAAGUACGUCUAUUUCAAAAGAAUUAGCGAUAUCGUUGCCACUUGCUUAGUCAUACAAGAAGACAGAGAUAAUGAGUGUUGCGGAUCAAACAAUACGACAACUUCGAGCCAAUAUAUUGUACUCGCUAGACUAUGACCUUCUAUCAACUGCUGAAUUCACAUCUGAACGGCUAAUAGCUCAAAAUCCAAAUAAUCUAGACAGCAUUCAUUUGUAUGCGCUGGUGCUGUACAAACGCAAACGCUACAAAACGGCCUACAAUCUGACAGCCAGCUAUAGUGUACAGCAUGUUGGCUGCUCAUAUAUAUUUGCCAAAUCGUGCCUGGACCUCAAAUGCGAAUCCGAUGGCAUAUCAGCGCUGACGAGGACCUUGCCCCUCUGGUCUCAGCUUAGUCGAGCGGACGAUGCUGAUUCAAGAUACAUGCCAGACAACGUUGCCUGCUACAUUCUUUUAGCCAAGCUUUAUGCAUCUGUUGGAGACGUGAGACGUAGUGCACUGAACUAUUCCCAGGUCCUCAAUAUCAAUCCCUACAUGUUCGAAGCGUUUGAAGAAUUGUGCAAGAUGGGCGUGAAAGUUAAAGUGAACUCCAUUUACAAAGUGAACACCAUUGAUGAAAUCUCAGGAUCUUUACAUUUUUUCAAAACCCCAGCACAUUCAAGCACUGGGCCAGCAAACGGUGGAAGUGUUGCUCAGACACCAGAGCAACAAAGUCACACUAUAUUGGCUACUCCCAGGGUAAAACAACUGCAAAUGCCAGACGCACCAAAUCGAAAAGCCGCAAAGAGCUCGAGUUUUGAUGGAUUUAAACAUCCAUCAGCCCCAACGGAUUCCAUACGCCGCAAGACUUCGAGAAAUUCAACUUCUAUCACCUCAAGGCUUUUAGGACAUCCAUUGAACACACUCACAGAUUCGAACUUCACCGCGACAAGUGGAGUACCGGGGGCUUCUUCAGCAGGAUCACAGAAUUCCAAACAGAUUUUUCAAAGAUCAAAUGACCAACAUCUUCUUGGAAUUUACGCUAAGCUUGCAAAAGGUUUCAAAGCAAUGUGCUUUUAUGAUUGUUUUAAGGCAAUCAGAAUAUUCGACUCGCUUCCAGAAAAUGAACGGAAUACUCCCUGGGUUCUAGGAAAACUAGGACGUUUACAUUUUGAGAUUGUGAAUUACGAGGAAGCCGAGAAUUAUUUCAUCAAAUUGCGCCAGCUUGACAGAACGCGGAUCGAAGAAAUGGAGUAUUACUCUACAUUAUUAUGGCAUUUACAUAAGGAAAUGGAUUUAAGUUUCCUAUCGCACGAACUCCAUGAAAUUUCCAAAGACUCACCCGAGGCCUGGAUUGCCGUGGGAAAUUUGUUUUCACUGAACCGUGAACCGGAUGAAGCAAUAAAAUGUUUCCAGAAAGCUAAUCAGGUGGACAAGAAUUUCGCAUACUCUUAUACUCUACAAGGCCAUGAAUAUUUGUCGAAUGAUGCAUUUGAGAAUGCAUUGGAAUGUUUUAGACACGCGAUUCUCCUCGACAAACGACAUUAUAAUGCAUUCUAUGGAAUUGGAAUGGUUUAUUUGAAACUAGGUGAUUUCCGAAAAGCAGAGUUUCAUUUCCGGAAAGCAGUUGAAAUAAAUCCGGUGAAUGUAAUUCUCAUAUGUUGUGUGGGAAUGGUUCUCGAAAAAUUGGGCAAGAAAGAGCAAGCUUUAAGACAAUAUAUCUUUGCAUCUCGUCUGCAGCCUUUGUCGAUGCUGGCAUUGUUCAAAAAGGCUCAAGCAUUGAUUUCACUGAAAAGAUACGAUCUGGCUCUCAAGGAUUUUGAAAAGCUUGAGAAUUUGGCUCCAGAUGAGGCUUCCGUCCAUUUCUUGCUCGGAAAACUCUACAGGAUCUACGGACGGAAAAAUGAUGCUAUUAAGCAAUUCACUAUAGCUUUGAACCUGGAUCCUAAGGGCUCACAUUUAAUUAAAGAAGCUCUAGAAAGCUUA